AUGGACGGCCGAGCCCUGCUGAUGCACGCAACACUCCACGACGCCGCGGCGCCAGAUGGGUACCUGCUUGACGCUCAGCACGCAAAGCACGACAUCAGGGGCAAGUACGAGAUCAAGUCGGUCCUGGGCCGCGGCUCGUACGCCACCGCGCGCGUCGCGGUAGAGAAGGGCACGGGCCGCCACUUCGCCUGCAAGACGAUCUGCAAGAAGGGGCUGUCAGAGGACGAGCAGCGGCGCGUGCGGCGGGAGGUGUCUGUCAUGUAUCACCUGGCAGGCCACCCCAACGUGAUAAAGCUUGAGGAUGCGUUUGAGGACGACACAUACGUCCACCUGGUCAUGGAGCUGUGCUCAGGGGGCGAAAUGGUCCAGCGGAUCCUCAACAAGGGCGCGUACACCGAGCGCGGUGCGGCGGCGAUCAUGCGGUCGAUCCUGGAGGCGGUGGCGUACGCCCAUGACAUGGGCUGCAUGCACAGGGACAUCAAGAUCGACAACUGCAUGCUGCUUGAUGCGUCUCCAGACGCGCCCGUCAAGCUGGUGGACUGGGGUUUCAGCUCGUUCGUACAGCCGGGCAAGAAGCUGCACAAGCUCUGCGGCACCAUUGCGUACCUAGCCCCGGAGGUGGUGGCGGGCAGCUACGACGAGCGCGCCGACGUGUGGAGCUGCGGGGUCGUCCUAUACGCGAUGCUGGCCGGCAGGCUGCCCUUCAACGGCAGCACCCAGGAGGAGGUCUUGAAUAUCAUCAAAUCAGACACCAAGGGCGUCCCAGACAUGAGCGGCAGCGCGUGGGCGGCCGUCAGCGAAGCGGCCAAGUCGGCGGUGCGCGCGCUGAUGACGCGGGACCCACGGCGGCGCCCCAGCGCGCGCGAGGCGCUGCGGCUGGAUUGGAUCCGCGAGUGCGGGGCGGCGGGGGACAACCCCAUUGACAUCGAGCCGGAGGUGCUCCACCGGAUGAAGGACUUUGCCGGCAUGGCCAAGCUCAAGCGGCACGCGGCCAUGGUCAUUGCGAAGCAGCUGCCCGCCGACCAGGUCCUCGGCCUUAAGCUGCUCUUUGAGUCGAUGGACCGCGACGGCGGCGGCGCCGUCACGGCGCGCGGCCUGCGGGACGCGCUGGGGCGGCGGGGGUGCCCCAAGGUGGCGCGGGCGGAGCUUGAGGAUCUCCUGGCUCACGCGGACCUUCACGGCACCGCACGCCUUGACUUUGCAGAGUUCGUCGCCGCCGCCCUCCACCACUCCGUCCUCGCGGACGAGUCCUACGUGCGCCUCGCGUUUGACCACUUUGACCGCGAUCGCGACGGCCGCAUCAGCGCGGCGGAGCUGGCGGCGGCGCUGGCGGAAGACGGGGAGGCGGCGGGGGCAGCGGAAGCGGAGGGGAUGCUGGCGGAGGCUGACGAGGACGGGGAUGGGCGCGUGGAUUACAAGGAGUUCAAGCACAUGAUGCGGCGCGGCGGCUGCACGGACGCGGCCGCGGGCGCCGGGGGCCCUGUGUUGGCGCUGGGGAGGGCGGGGUCUGAGGGCUACUACGACCUGUACUGA